AUGAUAGAUUAUUAUCGUGUCUUACAUCCUGAUUUUGCUGAAUGGAUACCAAAAUAUUAUGGUAGUUUACAACUACAAGGUGUGCAAUCAUCUGUUACCACCGAUAUCGCUUCCAAUGAACAAAAAACUAUCGAAAAUUUCGUUCAAUCCGUUAAAAAAGAAAUUUCUUCACAACAUGCCAAUGUUACUGGAGCCGUUUGUAUAGAAAAUCUUUUAUCUUCGUUUAAAAAACCUUGUAUUAUGGAUUUGAAGUUAGGAACACAAUUAUGGGGUGAAGACGCUGAUGAUUCUAAACGCCAGAAAAUGAUUCAAAAAGCUAAUAAAACCACUUCGGGUUCCAUAGGUAUUAGAAUAGUUGGCUUUCAGGUUUAUCAAAGAUCAACCGAUAGUUAUAUCAACUUUACAAAAGAAGAUAGUUACAAAGUUACCCCUGAUACUGUACAGUCAAUUUUAUCAAAAUUUUUCACAGCAGAAAUAUCAAAUGAUCAUCGUCGAUUAAUUAUAGAACGCUUUCUUAGUGAUCUUGAAUCUUAUUUAAAAGUUUUAGAAAAUCAAGAGGUUAGGUUGAUUAGUUCUUCUUUGUUUUUUGUUUAUGAAGGGGAUUCCGAUGCAUUAACUGAAGCUAUAAAGAAAGAGCAAGAUGAAUUAAAAGAGAUCAAAGUAGAUGAUAUAAAUAAUGACUUUGCUCAUUCAUUCUUUAGAAAUGGCAUUGGAAAAGAUGAAGGAGUUUUAUUUGGAUUAAGAAAUACAAUCAAUUAUUUUAAAGGGUUGUCUAUUGAGGAGAAACAUCAUUAA